AUGGCUGUGCCAAAGGAAUGGACCGACACGUGGAAUCUCUUUGACGAGCGCCGCAGUGGGGCCGUGAGCCAGACGGAUCUCCGCCACAUUCUCCGCAGCCUCGGCCGCCGCUACACGGAGGCGGAGUUCACCGAACUCUUCGCCGGCCUGCCAGACCCCGUCCCGCAGCCGGACUUCGUCGCCCUCAUGCGCCGCCCGUACGCCGGCCCCUCAGAGGAUGAUCUCCGCACCGCCCUGCGCGCCUUCGACGCGACCGGCUCCGGCCGGCUGCGGCUCGCGGAACUCGUCACGCUGCUCACAUCCCUCGGCGAGAAGAUGGGCGAGGCGGAGGUGCGCCAACUGCUCGCGGAGGUGCGCACGGACGAGGAGGGGCGCGUGGAGAUUGAGGAGCUCGUCCGCUUUCUCUGCACGCCGGUGCCAAGCAUCACACCAGACAUCGCAGAGCUGCAGAAACAACUGGCGGACUCCGCGUAA